AUAUUCAUAUCGAUAGAAGAUCAACAAAUGGAUGAUCGUAUUCUCCCACUCUCGCACCUAAUACAGAUGAUCAAUAUAAAUUGUUAGCAUUUAUUGUACUUUAUCAAAAAUAUUGACAACUUGUAAUGUUAUUUAAACGUCGCAUGUGUUGUUGAAAGUGUGUUUGCUAGCUAAAAUGCACAGCGCUGUUGGAGCCACGGGAAACAGCAAAGUUGUGGCCACAUUGCGCGCUGAUGGCAGUGUGGCAAUGGAGGCGCAAUCCGUCAACCAGCAGCUAUCCAAUAAUUUACUAAAAAAAUAUAAAAUUCGCACCGAGGGUGAGCUUCUAUUAAAGAAGGGCAACGCGCCCGGGCCAACAACAGUCGUUGAUUUGGGAAAGCAACUCUUACAAUGUGCUCGAGACAGCGAUGUUCCUGGCGUAAAGACUGCGCUUGCUCAUGGCGCUCCGUUUUCAUCAGACUGGCUGGGUAUGUCGGCGCUUCACUUCGCUGCGAUGAACAAUCAGCUGGAAAUCUGCGAAAUUCUCUUGCAAGGCGGCAUUAACAUGGAGGCAAAGACAAAAGUGGACCGAACGCCACUCCAUUUAGCUUGCUAUUUCGGACACGAGCGAAUUGUAAGCCUAUUUCUGGCGCUGAGGUGUGCCGUGAAUGCACGUGAUAUGCUUCGCAUGACACCGCUGCACUGGGCUGUGGAAAAAAGGCACAAGAGUAUUGUUCGCAUGCUGCUUAAAAGUCAGGCAGACGUAACACUAGUCUCCAAAUUUGGCAAAACCCCCAUCGCCUUGGCCGUGCUAACUGAACAGGCAGAUAUUUUGGCGGAGCUGGAAGCUGCUCGCCAGUCUCAGGCUAACCGCAAAUUCAACGAGGAGACAGAGCAAAAGAUGCGCUGUAUAAAAAAAGAAACCAGCGAUGCAGUUAAUUCUAUUAUGGAUGAGUCUAAGUCAAUACGAAGUCUUGACGACGCCGACAUGUCGGUCGAGGACAAGAUGGAUGUUUUAGAGACGUUACGCGGCCACACUAACAUGCUGGGAAAUUCUGCUUUAAAUAUGCUUAAGACGCAUGGUAUUGCAGACAUGAUGCAAGACAAUCAAAUAGACGACGAAGCGUCGAAAAAGAUGCUAAACACUGCGCUUCGAAAUGGUCGACAGCUGGUGCUCUCAGAGGGCGGACGUAUGCUGCUGCAUGAAACGAACCGUGGUUCAAAUGUUAAACAAAGUACAAACGGAUCUAUUAACAAUAACUUAAGGAACAACGCAAUCAGUUUGCAUCCCAGUACAAAUCAAGCUAUUCAAAAUUCAUCUCCUCAGAAAAUUCGGAUGAAUGUCAUCAAGCAAAAGGACUCAUCGUCAGCUAGUCCAGCAGGUGGUGUUACAAAAAACAAGAACAUAAGAAUUAUAUCGUUGACAGACUUCAAGAAACUUUGCGAUCAGCCAAAAUCUCUACAGAAAAUACCUGCAACCUUAGCGAGCUCUGGAGUGGUACGCCAACUUGCCGAUGGUACCAAAUUGGUUAACAUGCGACAGUUACAGUCUCGUCAGCUGAAAUUACCAUCCAGACCUAUUGACAGCGGUGCUAUUGAUGAGCAGCAGCAGUUGCUGAACGAAGUGAUAGCCUCAACGGUUACACACAAUCCCGCAGCGACGAGCACACUGCGUGGGCAAGUAGGCACCGUACAAACCAUUCAACUGCGCCCCUCCUUAGCAGCCGGAACUGCUGUCGGAGCCACCAACAAUGGAGCUGCUAUUAAGCCUUCAGCCACUGCACCCAUGCGUUCGAAUUUACGCACAGGCAAUGAAUUCAAUACAACGAAGGGCCCCAACGUGAUGCCAUUGGCGACAUCGUCAGAAAUUGGUCGGCAGCUGCACGAGCUGCGGCGACAUAAUGAAGAGCUACGACGUCGUAUGGAUGUGGUGCAGAAGGAAAAGGAGGAUAUGCUUUUACGAAUCGAACGAUUGGAACAACUGAUGUUGAUUCGUGAUUCUGAUGCAGAAAUGAAAUAUGUUAACAUUUAGUGAAGGUUUAGUUUAUUAUCUACUUUGUAAAUAUGAUUAACAUUACGAUAGUAAACAUAGUUAAGUUUCACUUUAAGAAAAAAAAAAACAUUUUCUAUUUUGACUGCCCCUACACAAUUUGUUCUACAAUACUAAAUAGAGACACAAACUAAUAAGAA